AUGGCAAGUCCGUCUUCAUCAUGUUCGCCCUCUUCAUCUGCGGUAACCAUCCCAAUACCUGGCAAGUCGAUUUUGAAGCGUCCUCCACCCACGCAAACUGGUAUCCUCUCUCGAAUCAAGGGUCUUCUUCCAACACAAUCUCUUACUUCCGCCAGUGACGACAUCAAACCUCUAAAGCGCGCCCAUUUUAUACUUCCCAAACUUGUCACAGUUUACCCUAUAUCCUCCAUCAACCCUCCGUCAACACCCGCGCUCAAAGAUGAGAAACGGGCAAUUGAAGAGAGAGAGAGAGAGAGACGCAGGAGAGUUGUCAGAGGUAACUCUAUUGGCCCGAACGAAACCGAAGAGUGGUGGAAUCUGGACAAGGUGGAAUCGUUCUACAGGGAGUGUUGCGCAUCAAGAGAGGAAGAGCCAGAUCCCGCGAUUUCUGCUGCCUUUAAGCGCGCAUCAGCCACAAACCCUCGGUCCGUUGAUCUGUCCGGUGUACAAUUGACACCCACAUCUGCCGCAAUCCUCUCUGACGUGUUUACGAUUGAGUGGGGUCUUCGAAAACUCACCCUUCGAGAGUGUGAUUUGGACGACUAUAAAUUGAAACUUAUGCUUCACGCGCUGCUUAUACCUGGCACUCUCGUUUUCCUGUCCGUUGCGUCAAACCGUCGCCUAAAAGCACCUGCAUUUAAAGUGCUUGGGUUUUAUGCCUCAAAAGCAAAAAGUCUACAGUUCCUCGACCUCUCACAAACAAAUCUGGACAAGAAGGCAGUAGACUAUAUCGUAGUCUCAUUGACAACAGCACCUGAGCCUGGUUUAAUCACCCUCCGUCUAGACGACUGUUCUCUCAGGGUACCAGCGCUGGAUGUACUUGCCCGAGUUAUUCGUAAUUCAUCUCUUCGCAACAUCUCUUUGCGCCAUAAUCGCAUCAAUGCAACGGGAGCUGUCGCCCUUGCUCUCAUGAUCCGAGACUACCCAGACGUGGUCCCUACUACUCCCAAUUCAUCUACCUUUCCUUCACAAGGAACCAUCAUCUCUUCGCCGCCUUCCUCGCCGAUUCCCCCCUUUGCCCAUCUACCUCCUCCGUCACCUGUUACCCGUACAGGACCUGUACCGCCUCCUCCACGUCAUCCAUCGUCCUUGCCUCCUCAAACGACUUACACGCCGUAUGUACCUCGUACUCGCCGAGGUGCUGCAGCAGCACAACCUCCCCCGCUCUCGGCUUCCGGUCAGCCCGUCCCUAUCAUCACGUCAAAUCCACAGGGUGGUGUCACUACUCGCCAUCUUGCACCAAGUACCGGGUCUCAACGGUCGGAGGGCGGACUCCAUCCCAAUGGUACGACUCACAGGCAUAAUGUCGGUCCAAGUGCUGCACUCCUGGACAAGGUGCGCGCUCUUGAUGCAUUGCCAAGACUUGGAGCUCUCCGCACGUUGGAUUUAAGAGGCAACGACAUUCGCAACGGGGUUACCUAUCUUGCACAAGUACUCAAACGAAACAGGACACUUAAGGUCCUGAACUUGAGUGAAAACAAGCUGGAUGUUCAGUGCUUGGUGGCAAUUGCCGAGGCGCUGAAAUACAAUCAUUGCUUAGAAACUUUGGACAUCAGUUGGAAUCCCUGCUCUGGUCCUGGUCUCGAAGGCAUUCAAUCAUUGCGAACGGCCUUCACAUUAAAUAACGCUCUCAAGCGUCUAUUCCUCUCCUCCACUAAUAUGACAUCGCCGGGCGCAAUCGCACUCGCAGAAUUUCUCCCUGAAUCAAACUCCUUGCUCCACCUAGAUCUCACAGACAAUAGCUUGGACAUCGCUGCCAUUAUGGCGCUCAACUCGGGACUUAAGGCUAAUCACACGAUGCGGUGUCUCGACGUCAAUAUACCUCCGGAUGAUGAGGAAUUUGCCAGAAUGUGUCGUGAAAUUCUCAACACUUGUAUCCGGAAUACGGAGGAAGCGGAAAAAGCGGCACAUGUUUCUGAUGGACUUCGUAGUCCGGCGAGCAACCGAGGGCUUGGUAAGGGUGUGUGGAACAUGAUCCAGGAAAGUGAAUUAGCCAAAUCAAUACGUCAAGGUGGCGGGCUCAAGAACAAUUCUGAGAUUGUAUCAAGAGUGUAUACGUUGCUAUCUCAAAUCGAGAACUCGGUGAAUCGCCCACGGUCUAUUUCAGUCACAUCUUCAGGCGCAUCCUCUCCAACUCUCGUGUCACCCGCGGACCAAGACCUCGUUCAGCAAGCCAAGGCCACUGUCGGUGAAAUCACAGAAAAAGUGCAGACUACGACAGACGUCGCCCUUCUAGAAGAACUCCUGGGCCUCUGCGACAAAUUGAACAGUGCUAUCACACAGUUAUCAUCCGCUCCUUCGAGCAGACCACUUCUUCAUGGCCUCGGGUUAAAUAUUCCCAGCGCGGUGAUCAGUUCUGUCGACGGAGAUGCUCUACAUGAGCGCUCUGCAGAACUGUCAGAGGAUGAUACACCACUAACUCCGAAGGUAGAUAAAGGAAAAGGUCGAGCAGAACCAGAGCCGGAGGAGCCGGAGAAAGUGUUGAGUCCCACUUUCAUGAUAACCGAGUCAGAGGACGAGGAUGAAGACGACAACAGAUUCUUAGGCGAGGAGGACCAAACUAGCGUCCCUUCCCCUGUGGUUAGGUCGAAAAGUUGGGUUCAAGAAGAAGGGGAAAUCUUCCGAAAAGGUGCUGUCCUUCUCGGACCUGAAGAGAUGGAGGGAGAGUACGCUGGCGAAGAACUCCGUCGUGAGUUGUUGGAGGCCAUGGUCGAACGGCCUCCUCCUCGCGGAAUAAUCGAUGAAUUUGGCAUGGACAUGGACAUGAUUGCACCUGAAAUAGCUUCUCCUCCGCCUGGGGAGCCUCUACGACCUCCACCGCGUCCAUACGUUUCCCGUACUCGUUCCACGUCUUCCAAUGGAUCAACGGGAGACUUACAUUCUCCAAACUCGCCUACGACAUGA